AUGAUGUGGUUGUAAGUCAAUGUUUCGAUUUAAUUAGAUGAUAUUUAUAGUCACCAGAUGAGAUCUCAAAAUAUCUUAAAUAAACGUAUUCUGAGCAUCAAAGAGUCAUAGACAAAUACUAAUAUUGAAAAGACUUUCUUCACUAAAAAAGACUUUGUUGAGCCAUUGAAAGUCUCAGCAAUAGGAUAAGAUAGCAAAGCAAAUAUAAAAAAGGAUAAAAAAGAGAAUGAAAGCAGUAGUAGUGAUGACAGCAGUGAAGAGAGUGAACCUGACGAGAUUAAUGGAAAGCCAAUUAUUGAUAGUAAUGGUGAAAAGCUCAUUAAUUUCAAAAGUCCUAAUCUUAUGAAUUCAAUGCUUCCCUAUGCUCAGAUUAAAUAGAAAGAAGAAGAAGAGAAAAAGUAAUUAUUAGGUAAGAGAUAGGCUGAAGAAGAACUCUAAACAUUAGAAAAUGGCCAAGGAAAAGUUAGCAAAAGACAAGCGAACAACUAAGGCUAUGCAUAAUUUAUGAAGGACUAAAAGCAAUAAUAAGUAUUGAGUGACCUUGCUGAAAAAUAUAUUCUACACUCUAAAUACACAUUUAAAGAUCUUGGAGGUAUCGACCCUGUAAUUAAAUAACUCAGAGAAAUGCUUGAAUGGCCCCUAAAAUAUAGAAACAUUUUCACUCAUUUAGGAGUAAAACCUCCAAGGGGUAUUCUCAUUUCUGGUCCUGCAGGUACUGGCAAAACUCAGUUAGCUCUUGCUAUUAGUGGUGAGUAUCCUGAUAUUCCAUUCUAUAAGUUAAAUGGCCCAGAAAUAGUUUCGAGGCUUAGUGGACAAUCAGAGGAAAACAUAAGAAAUAUAUUCGAAGCAGUAAAGAAGAAUUUACCAGCUAUUAUGUUCAUUGAUGAAUUAGACAGUAUUGCUGGAAAAAGGGAAGAUGCAGUUAAAGAUAUGGAAGUUAGAAUAGUUGCUUAGAUUGCAGCAUGCUUAGAUGAGAUUGAGAACUAAGGAAUUGACUUGAUUGUUAUUGGAGCAACCAGCAGGCCAGAAACGAUUGAUUAAGGUUUGAGAAGAGCUGGCAGAUUCGAAAAGGAAAUCUCUCUUGGUGUUCCUAAUGAAGAAUCGAGAAUGGAAAUUAUCAAAAUUUUGACAAAAAAUAUGAGACUAAAACCUGAAAUAGAUUAUUAAGAUAUUGUAAGACUUACACCUGGCUAUGUAGGAGCAGAUAUAUCAACUCUCUGUAAAGAAGCAUCAAUAUUAGCUGUUGAAAGAAUCAUUAAUACUGAGAAAGUGAAGCCAGCAGAUGAGGAAAUGGAUGAAGAUGAUAGUGAUGAGAAUUUAGACGACAUUUAUAUUUAAGUCGAAGAUUUCAAGAUUGCUUCUAAGAGAGUUUAGCCUAGUGCCUAAAGAGAGGGAUUUACAACAGUUCCAAAUACGACUUGGAAUGAUGUCGGUGCGCUUUUUAAAGUAAGGCAGGAAUUGCAAAUGACAAUUGUUGAGCCAAUUUUGAAUCCUUAAAAAUUCAAAAGAGUAGGUCUAUCAGCACCUGCUGGUGUUUUAUUAUAUGGCCCACCAGGUUGUGGUAAAACUUUAGUAGCCAAAGCUGUUUCUAAUGAAUCUAAAGCAAAUUUUAUCUCAAUCAAAGGUCCAGAGCUCUUAAAUAAAUAUGUUGGUGAAUCUGAAAAAGCUGUAAGACAACUUUUCAAAAGAGCAAGAGCAUCAGCACCAUGUGUAAUAUUCUUUGAUGAACUUGAUUCAUUAUGCCCAAAGAGAGGUUCUGAGAAUAAUACAUCGUCAGAGAGAGUCGUUAACUAACUCUUAACUGAGAUGGAUGGUUUAGAUGAAAGAAGAGAUGUUUUCGUCAUUGCUGCAACUAAUAGGCCAGAUAUUAUUGACCCAGCAAUGCUAAGACCAGGCCGUUUAGACAAGCUUCUCUAUGUUCCACUUCCAACAAAAGAGGAUAGACAUCAAAUUUUAUAAACUAUCACAAGAAGUUUACCGAUUCAGGAUGAUGUAGAAUUGACUUAGAUUGCUUAUAGCUAAGAGUGCUCAGGUUAUUCAGGAGCAGAUUUGAGUGCUUUAGUAAGAGAGGCAUAGUUAAAUGCUUUGAAGAAUAAUUUAGAUGAUCAAUUUUCAACAGAUCAGAUAUUUAUCACUUAGAGAGAUUUCAUCGUGGCAUUACAGAAAGUGUUCCCUAGUGUCUCCAGAGAGGAUGAGGUUGCCUAUUAGCAAUUAGAAAGAUCAUUAAAGAAGACUAGAGCUCACAUUACUCAUGAAUAGUAAUGA